AUGGCGGGCGUGGUGGAGCAAAGCGGGACACGCUGGCAUGACAAGGAGCGUCCGCCCUCGGAAGCAGAUAUCCCGUGCUUUGAGCGACAGGCUACAAACCUCUCUGCGAGCACCUGUGCGACAAAGACGGACCGUCCGGAUGGCUGGGUGAGCUUGUUGGGGCUGGACAGGGUCGCCAACUUCCGCGAUCUUGCGGGACCUGAUGCCUCUGCGCCCUAUCGUUGCAAGGGUGGCCGACUUGCUCGCGGCAAAGUCUACCGCACCGGCCACUGGGUCACUGCCACACCGACCGACCUGUCAAUGAUCCGCGAUACACUGGGCAUUUGUACCUACCUUGACCUUCGCAAUGGCCAGGACUUUGAAAGUGUCGAUGCGGAGUGCUUCGACGACUACCCGCCCAGUCCAAAUGGGCGGCACGAGGCCAGUGUUCCCCGAGAUGCGGGAGAACGUCGCCGGCUGAGCUGUCCCUUCUCCAAGGGCCUUGGAGCACGACCCCUCACGCGAGAUGAAGCAGAAGGCAGAGUCGAUCCAUCUGACAAGAAGGCACAGUGUGCCAUCUGGUUCCAGAAGCAAAUGCGAAGCGAAGCCUUUCACGAUCUGCAGGUUCAGCUGAAGACGAGCAUGCGUGCCAUGCUCAUCUUGAACUCGGAGGAGGUUCUUACUGCACUCAGAGCCUUAGUCGAUGAGCGAAACUUCCCAGUGGCCUUCGGCUGCAUCGCGGGAAAGGACCGCACGGGCCUUCUGGCAUGUUUGGUACUGCUCGCCCUGGGAGUCAGCGACGAGGACAUCAUCUCUGACUACAUGUUCACCAAUGAGUCUGCGCAACACAUCAACGCCUGCAAUCAGAUCGCAGUCGCCAUGUGGUGUGAGGAGCUGAGGAUCCGUGACCCACGGAAAUACAGCUUGCUGGUGCGAAGGACGCGACUCCCACCAAGCGUCCAGAACAUCUUGGACAGUGACGGCGACACCCCACUCUGGGAGGACGUGAACAUUGUCUCUGAUCCUGAUGCCAUCAAACGAUCAAUGGUGCACAGAGACAUCAUUGAGUACGUCAUGCAUGAAGUGUUGCAGCAGGAGUUCAGCGGAAUCGACGGCUACUUCAGGUACAUCGGCUUUACCCCAUCUGAAGUUGACAGACUCCGAGAAUUGCUGGUCGAGCCUGCGCCAGAGAAUGAUGAUCCGUGA